GAAGAGUCGAGUAACUAGAAUGGAGGAUACAGCCCUUUGUGAAACAUGAGUUUCACUCAUGAAUUUUAUAAGCCGCUGUAUUUAUUCGAGUCAAAUCUUCAUCUUUGCUGUUGAACAAACAACAAAUAUAGGCAAAGAAAUGGUUUCAACUCUGGGUAAAGCUGUCUUGGCUAUCGCCUGGGUUUUCAACGGUGUCGCGGCCCUGGUCGUAGCGGCCAGGUACUACGCGCGCAUAAAGAUUCUAAAAAGAUUUACAAUUGAUGAUGCGCUGAUUCUUCUAACACUGGUGAGCUCGAAAACUACCUUGACUGCAGGAGAGAGAACUUAGUCGUGUGGCUGGCCUAGCUACUGGCUGUAGGAAAUAGUGUUUUCCUGACAAUUUCUGUCCACUGGGGAUUGGGAACUCACAUGGCCGCUCUCUCCGAUAUUCAGAUUCAGAACACAGUAAAAUGGGUGUUCCUUUGCGAGUUCUUUUCCAUUCUAUCACCCGGAAUUGGCCGGAUCGCCUAUGCCUUUUUGCUGCUCGGCCUAGUUCCACCUGUUCAAUGGCGGACUCGCUUUCUUUGGAGUAUAAUUGCCAUUCAGUUUGUGGUCGACAUUGUGACUAUAAUCAUCAGCUUUGCUCAAUGUAGGCCGUUGAGUACGUUCUGGAAUCAUGAUGUUUCGGGGACAUGCUGGUCUCCCUCUGUGCAACAAGACACGGGCUUCUUUCAGGGCUCUGUUUGCUCUGCAGUUGAUCUUACGCUUGCUGUCUUUCCAGCGAGUAUGUUCUGGAAUCUGAACAUGGAGCGGAAGAAGAAGAUCUUUCUAUCGUGCCUAAUGGGUCUGGGUGUUUUUGCGAUGACUGCUUCCAUCAUAAAAACAAUCGAACUAAGGGCGAUAACAGCGGCCGCAGAUCUUACCUACGCCAUGGCUCAGCUUGCCAUCUGGUGGACGCUAGAGGCCAAUCUUGUCCUCAUCGCAACCUCAAUUCCGACAUUGGGUCCAAUAAUUCGAAGACAACACCGCCAUCCGUCGCCAGUACCAGACGGCAGCUCCAGAUCAUCAAAGGGCGGAGGUGCACAGGCGACCCGGCCGUGGCACGCGCUCUUCUAUGCAAAACGGAGUAAAACUGAACGUGGCAGCUCUGAAGAUCUUUGGCCAGGUGUACCAAAAGCAUAUGCUUUAGAAGAAAGUGUCAGCCGGGAGCAGAAACGGGGUAUCAAAAAGACAACGACUAUAGGUGUUGGGUAUGAAGAUGUCGAUGCGGCGCCACUAGGUACAAUCUAUUGAGGGUGGACUUUUUUGUAUCUCUUUGUUCCCUUUCUCUUUUUGUAGAUUGGAUCAAACAAUCCAUUGCCUCCAUGAAAACAUGCAUCAGCAGACUAAAAGCAACCUUGCAAGUAUCCCUGUUCGGAUUGCCCGAGCCUGGUGAUUAGUUGUACCACCAUGGAUGUUGAUAGUGGGUUAUAUAUUGUAAUCUUUGCCCAAUUAAUUUGCUUCCAC